UUGAAUUAGCUUUCAAUAGCCAGGGGCCAAAGACAAUCGCCUGCAAUCCUCGCCUUUUUCUGUAGGGUACUAUCGCCCAGACAGGUGGAACCGGUCACGAUCUAAAUAGAUGGGCAGCUCUGCGCUCAGGGGAGACCCCACCCAUCACACUGGAGCGCGGUGAUGUCACUCAGGUAGCAGGCGCGGAGAUUUUUGGUGACAGCAGGGUGACAUCGGUCCCGCGCCGUCAGACGAUCCGCGGAGCCCGAGGUGCACCGAGCGAGCGAGGACGAAAGACAGCGGGCAGAGAGAGAGAGAGAGAUUCACCGCGCUCGGGAGUCCCGACAGCCACCAAAAGAGCUGCGCUGAGAUGGCCCUGGAAGGGGAGGCGGAGACCCAGCCCAGUCAUGUGCAGGAGGAUGAGCUGACCGAGGAGGCCUUCCUGAAAGAGCUCUACCUGUACAUGAAGAACAGAGAGACCCCCAUCGAGAGGAUCCCACACCUGGGCUUCAAGCAGAUUGACCUGUUUGUGAUGUACAAGACUGUACAGGCGUUGGGGGGCUACGACCAGGUCACCGCGCACCAGCUGUGGAAGCAGGUGUAUAACCGGCUGGGGGGAAACCCGCGCAGCACCAGCGCCGCCACCUGCACCCGCAGGCACUACGAGAAGCUGAUCCUGCCCUACGAGCGCCACCUGCGGGGGGAGGAGUACAAGGACGUGACCCCGUCCCGGGCGCAGAAGCGGUUCCACCGGGACAGCUUCGCCAGCGAGGAGGAGGAGGGGAUCAGGCCCAGCAAGUGGCACGGGGGCUAUAGGCACACGCACAUCCCGCAGGCCCAUCACGAAGUCAUGGCAGACCCCCGAGUCAGGUUGAUUCACCUGCCCUUGCAGCUGAGACCGUAUUACUACCCCAGCCAUCCGGCUCUGCCCGCCUACUUCCCCGCCUCUCCGUCUGUGCUGCCCCCCCACCCCCAGGCGGGGUACCUGCCCAUGCCCAGGGAGGUCAGCGAGCGACCCCGCCAGCAGCUGAUUCUCCUCCGGACGUUAGCGAAGGAGUACACGUCGUCCUCGGGCUGGGCUGAGCCACUCAACCUCAGCAACAAAGAGGAAAGCCUGGGGCCGGUCAGUCAGUGUCCCUCCUCUUUCGCCCCACCCUCCAACAUCAAAGCCCCCAGGUUUUUGAAUAAGGUGUCCCCUCUUUACCCCUGCCAGAACGUGACGAAAGAUGGGGUAUCAGAGGUCAUCGAAAACGCAGCAGAGGUUCCCGAAGCCAGCCGGAACAGGCCAGAGUGGGAUCUCGAGACAGCCCGUGAGCAGUCCCUCAUUGACCUCACCUCCACGGUGGCAUCCUCCACCUCCUCUCCCUCUCCGGUCUCGGCCUCCUCCUGCGCCGGUGACGGAUCGGCCCCGGACACACCGGUCACCCAGACCCAGGAGUCAGACUGCGCUCCACCGCUGAAGAACCCAGCGCAGGAGCCUCCUGAAUUGAGUUCGGAGCCCCUGAACCUGUGCUUCGUCCCACAAGACGCCCCGAAGGACACCUCCGGGAGGAUGAAGAUCCAGAUCCCGCUGGCACUGCUUCAGGACUGGUUCGCCGGUGAAUCGGGCCCUCCGCACAAGUCCGAGUCCAUGGUCCCGCUUUCCAACGGGCAGGGCAAGGCGACGGCAGCUGCCAGCGAGAAAGACAGGAGGUUCCCAAAGGAGAGCUCGGACACAGCCCCCACACCGACGGAGCCCACGGAUCUGAGCUACCAGGGCCCAAGAAGAGACAAGAGCAGGUCGAUGGAAGAGCGGCGCCACAGGAGCAGCUCUGUGGACGGGCAGCCACAUCUGAACACCCCUGUCUUGGGUGGCCUACCCAGACACUCCCCCACUGAGGGCGUUCUCCCUGGGCAUCCUGGCUACGCUUACCGGAAUGGGCAUCUGAUUCCGCUGGGAGUCAAGGCCAGGGACUGGGGGAAGCCAACGGAGACCCACGGUGCCACGAAGCUGCCUCUAGCAGAUGCCAUGCCUCCAGGCAGCAGGCUUCCCUUGGGCAGGCUGUACUCUCCCUGGAAGGACUACGAGGUGCUGAAGCAGUACCCUUCGGGGGAACAGGCAGGAGUAACGUCGGACUCGAGAGCGGGGAGAGACAGCUCCCGGGCGCAGCCCGUCUCCAUGAGCUACCACCCGGGCUCCCAGCCCCCUGACCACAUGGGAAACACAGGGCUCCUGGCCUCUGCCUACAGCCCCAGUAGCCUCCACAAAAGCAGCUCCCCCUUCAGGUUGAGCCCCCAGCUGGCCCUCAAGCUGCCUGCGGCGGCUGUCCACGGGGCCGGGGCGGCCCAGCCUGCGCUGCUCAUGGUGAACCCCACCUCCUCCUCCUCCUCCUCCUCCCUGCUUUCCCUGACCCCCCAGGAGUGCCUCAAACUGCGGAGGCUGAUAUCCAGCUCGCCCUGAGGGUGCACCCACCCAUGGGACCUGCUGGUUGCUAGCAACCGCUGGCUGUCUGUUCCGCCCCCCCCCCAUGGUUAUCCGAUGGGUCUCGGACCCUGGUUUUCCUCUGUUUCUGAUCCAUCAAUCCUGAGCACUCCCGGUGUUGACUUUUGUCUGCCUGGACAUUGGAAGGAACGUUGCCAUCACCCGACCCACUGGCUCGGAAAGGAAAACCGAAAAUAAGAAUAGAUGGAGCUUAUUCAGCCACUGCGGCUGCUGUUACCAGUGGCCAAGUACUGGCGACCUGAAGAGCCGAGCACUCUGGGACAAGCUGGGACUGACUGCAAGCGCUUCGCUGCAGGAAGCAAGUUUCCUCCAUUCGGACUGCCUUUCAUUUCCCAUGAGACGCCCAUCUUAUUCCCAGUUUUGUUUUGUGUUUCUUCUUUUCAGAAAAAGCAUCAGAUACCUGGUGAGAUUUCAAAUAGAAAAAGUUCAAAUUCAGCACUAACAGCAGGACUGUUUAAGCCAAAGGUCUGUCAAUAAGCAAAAAGAGUGCCAGCAUUGUAAUAAGUGUAUAUUUUAUAAAUGUGUGUAUAUAAAAGAUUAGAAGUAUGUUUUCUAUCGUUUUCAUGUAAUUAUGAAAUAUGAUUUAUUUUAUAUGAUGUAUUUUCUAAAAUAAUUGAAGUAUGCGAUGAAGAAAGUAAAGAAUUAAGAUUAAAUUUAUAAGUCUUUACCUGCCAGACAUUGACCCAGGCAUUGCUAUAGGAAGUGGGGGGGGGGAGAGAGGUUUCUGAACAAGUGCGGGUGUCUGAGGUGAGCUCAUUUAGAUCAGGGGUGACCAAUCCCAGGUCUGGGAAUGCAGGAUUUCAGUACAACUCAACUCUUACAGAGCGAAACCAGCUGGUUAGUGACCCUGCAGGACCAGGACUGGACAGCCAUGUGGGCCUUCGUCACCCCGCGGUUUUGUACAGAGCUAUCAAAAACGUCAGGUUUUGAAACGGCGAUUACAGAAUUGACCCAAUUCAUCGAUGACUGUUGAAAUAAACCUGCUAAAACUG